AUGCAGGGGAAGUGGGAGGUGCCCGUACCAAAGGUGCGUGCUCAGGGCGAGACGGAGGUGCUGAAGGUGGUUCGCACGGGGAAGAGGCAGAAGAAGGCCUGGAAGAGGAUGGUCACCAAAGUCUGCUUCGUCGGAGAUGGCUUCACGCGCAAACCGCCCAAAUACGAGCGCUUCAUCAGACCCAUGGGUUUGAGGUUCAAGAAGGCACACGUCACUCACCCUGAGCUGAAGGCCACAUUCUGCCUGCCCAUUCUGGGCGUGAAAAAGAACCCCUCCUCCCCUCUCUACACCACCCUCGGGGUCAUCACCAAGGGAACGGUCAUCGAGGUCAACGUCAGCGAGCUUGGCCUGGUCACCCAGGGCGGCAAAGUCAUCUGGGGGAAAUACGCCCAGGUGACAAACAACCCGGAGAACGAUGGCUGUAUUAACGCAGUGCUGCUGGUAUAACAGAACUCUGCACCACCUAAUGUACUGAUCACAGCCUUGGGCCAGACCACACAGAAUAUCGGCAUUCCCAUCCAGC